UUGCAUCUUGUUAACCAGUUAAGUGUUGGGCGGCGGAGUUCGUAUUCCUAAUUUUCGCCGUGCUGAUAUUCCGACUUAAAUCUACGGCGUCGGAGCGGCGACGCUGGCCGGACGAGGAUGGAUGACGAGCAGGAGUUCGAUGAAGGCGUCGUGGUGGGGCAGAAGCCCACGGUGAUGGUUCCUCGCCAUAUAAAUAAGAAAUCUCUCCGAAACAGAGGCCUUUCCAUCGCAUUCGACGAGAAAAACCUAAGGGACUUUGUUACUGGUUUCCAUAAGAGAAAGGAUAAGCGGAGAAAGGAAGCUAAGAAACAAUUGCAUGAGAAGGAAAGGCAAAUGCGUAUUAUGGCCCGUAAGAAGAUGAAAGAAGCGAAAGAAUUAGCAUUAAAAGGUCAGCUUAAGGAGCUUGACUCAGACUUGGAACAAGAUGUAGAUAGUGAUGCUAAAGAAGAUGGACCAACUACAAUUGCAUCUGUGUCAGAAACGAGAAUAUAUGAAAAUAACAAUACAACUAUCACAGUGACUACAAGCGAACUUGUUAAUGAAAACCAAGAUUUGGAGCCAGUACAUACCAUUCCCAAGCUCAGCAACAAAUUGGAAAAGAAUCAUAAGCUUCCAGUAAAGAUAAAACCAAUGAAAAGAGCAACAAAGCAGAAGCUGCAGAAGAAAACCAGUAAAAGAUCUGCAUCUUUUAAGAUAGAUGGGAGGAAAAAGAAGAGUAAAUAGUAGUCAGAAUGUGUUGAAUUGUCAAUACCAAAUCUUAUAAUUUCCAUUUCUAUUUAUUUAAAAAGUCAGAAAGCUUUUUCUGGCACAAAUGUUUUUGUUAGAACUUUGUUAAGGAUGCUGCUUUUUAAUUACUGAUCCUUUUGCAGACUUUUUUUCUAAGAAAUUUAUUGUAUAUGUGAUUAUUAAUGGUGAGCUGAAUGGGUUCUUCAA